UGUACCUUCAUUUCUUAUGUAUAUAAAUAAACAAAAUCGUGUCUGUAAGAAGUUGUUCUAAUUUAAGCAAGAAGGUUUGGUUUAAGAUAGAUAUCUUUGACAGUUAGCUUGCUAGCUAUCAUGUGCUCUGUCCGCUAGCCAGGAGUCUAGUGGCAAGUUAGUUGGUAGACUAGUUGUAGGUACAGACCAGAGACAGUUACCUCGCCACUGCAACAAGCAAGUGAAAUUAAAAGUAGGUACUACUUUGCAUUAGUGGCUGUAGUUGCACAUAGUAAAUGUUAGCAAGGUAAAGAAAAUUAGCCAUAUUAUUUUAGGUGAUAUAGCCAUUCACUUUUACUUACUAUACAGGGCUUCCGCCAGGCCAGUUGCCUCAUGAGGAGUCACUGGAUCAUGUUAGGUGUUUUUGGGUCGGUGGCAUUAGACGCCAUGUUGUGGUCGGAGAAAAAAACGGUACCUGAUCAGACGGAUUCGGGCAGAAUGUCGGGAAAUGAUGGUCACCACUCUCCAUACGAGCUCAGACUAGUCCAAGUUCUGUUCCGACACGGUGCCCGAACUCCACUGAAGUCCAUCCCUGACGUACUGGAGGCGCAGUGGAAUCCGAACCUUCUGAAAGUUCCAGCUCACACUCAGGUGGAUUACGUUGUCACAGAUCUGAAUGGUGGCCCCCGCCCCCCAGCUCCCGUGGAGGACAGCUACAGAGCCCACACACUUUCAGGUGGGACAUUCCCUGGCCAGCUGACCACUGUGGGCAUGCAGCAGCUCUAUGAUCUGGGCGAGCGACUGAGGAAGAGGUAUAUCGAGGAUGUUCCCUUCCUACUGCCUGGCUUCAGUUCUGCCGAGGUCUAUGUCCGUUCUACGAACAUUGUGCGAACGAUAGAGUCAGCAAAGUGCCUGGUGGCCGGUCUGUUUCACCAGAGCCAGGAAGGCACUGUACCCAUCUUUACCACUGAGGCUGAGAAUGAGGUCCUGUACCCCAACUACCACGGAUGCAGACUUCUCAAACUCCUGAGUGGCACUCGCUGGGCAGAGUCCUCAAUGCUCCCGGACAUUGCUGCCGAUUUGAGUAAGAUCCAGAGAGAGCUGGGAAUUGCGUCACACAAGCGGGUUGACUUCAUCCUGAUCCGGGAUGACAUGGUGGCCAGGGAGACCCAUGGCCUGCCAUGUCCUCCUAUGUUAAGCAGCUGGAGAAGCACAGUGGAAAGAAGGGCAGUGGAGAUGAUCUGCCAUAUCUACGAUCCCAGCAAGAGACAGAACCUUCAGCUCUGUGUGGGGCCACUGCUUCACAUUCUGCUGAGGAACAUGGAGGACAAAGUGCAGGGUGUGGCGUCCAUCCAAAAGAGGAAGCUGUACCUGUACUCUGUGCAUGACACCACUCUCAUGCCCUGUCUGAUGGCUCUGGGAAUCUUUGACAUGAAAUGGCCACCCUAUGCAGCUGACAUCACCCUUGAACUGCACCAUCACCAUGUCACCAAAGAGGCCUUCGUUAAGGUGUCUUACCUUGGGCAGGACCAGCUGAUUCCAGGCUGCAGUGGUAUCUAUUGCCCCCUGAAGGAAUUCAAAGAAGCUGUGUCCCCCUACUCUUUGACCUCUGAACUUUACAGGUCACUAUGCAACAAGAGCCCUGAAGACUGAAGGAGAUGCAGACUCGACUCUGCUCUUUUUCCACAUGAUCAGCAAAGCCAGUCUUCAUUUUGCGAUUUAUUAAUCAUUAACAUCACGUUCAAUCGGUUUGAAGCAGACAUUUUUUUUUGCUCUUCACAGAAUGUUGAUGUAGGUGCUUGCUGAAAUCAAUUACCAGCGUGUGUGUAUGCAUGUAUAUGUGUGUGUGUGUGCUGUAGUGCUGUAGUGCUGUUAGCUCAGCUCAGGGCAGGUGCAGUUGCAGGGGCACCCUGAUAGGGGUAGGGGUGAGAUUUGUUUUUGUCUCAAUAAAAUAAUGAAUUAAAAUGCAGUCUUGGAAAGAAGGGCUUACAAUGGAAAAACUGUAAAGCUGGUACACAUCAGCAUUUUCCUCAGGGGAAUGCAGAGCAUUUUGUGAAUGUUUAUAGAUACAUUCUAUUAAAACGUGAGUUUUGUCUUUAUAUAUGAACCGUGAGUUUUUCUAGUGUUAUUAAGGUGGUUUUUUUAACUGAAUUUGGUUAAGAUUGUUUAAGGUACUUUUGCACCCAGGGUGUCAGGGACAUCUAAUAACAGUUUCAAGGCGAUCUCUGGUCCCCUUCAAACAAACUGGGGUACAGCUCACCCUAAAAUUUCAUUGGGAUGAAAAGUAGGUUACUCUUUAUACAGCAGGGAUGUGAUUUUUCCGGAUUAAUCCAGAAUUCCAGAUUUUCCGACCUGAAAAUGUGACCCACGUGAAUCAUGCAGAUCCGUAAAAAAAAACAGAAAUUGGGUGGGGAUAGGGGGGUAUGAGCCGCUAGGCUACAUAUAGAGAUUAUGCACGUGACGUCACAGUAGGUGGAGUCAUUGUGGGUUACACCCACUGAGUGGCAGAAAGACAGCGUUAGUGUUCAUCUUGAAUGAAAACACAUCUAAAAUGGGAAAGAGCUGUUGUGCGAUUGACUGUACACAGAUUCAACAAGA